GCACCUCCCUCUCCCUUCCUUCCCCUUCCUUGGCUCACCCGCCAUCCCCUCUGGCGCCGCCGGCGGACAUGCCAGCGCCUCCAUGGCGGCCCUGGCCGGGGCGAUUCGCUCCGGCCUCUCCCCGGCACCCGCGCUGCCGCAGGGGAGCCAGAGCCGCCCACCGCCGCUUCACGGCCGCACGGCGACGGGCAGCGGCGGGUGCACGGCGGACGCAAGGAGACCACUGGCCGCUGGCGCGGCGCUCGCGGCCUGCGCUGCCGCGGGCGCCGGGGGCCGCCACGGUGCGCGCGGCGGCUUCGCGGCAGCCCGCCGCGGCCGGGGGCCCGAGCUCCCGAGGCCGCCGAGCGCCAGAGGCCCCCGCGCUGCGGCUGGCGCCGCGGCGCUGGAGCACCGCCAGUGGCUGCUCGAGUCGGAGGCCGGCAGGCAGCGCCUGGAGCGCACGCUCGGGGCGGCGAGCGCCGCCAGCGGCCGGGCGGGUGCGCCCGCGCUGGCAGGCCCCGCCGCCGCCCUGCACCCCGCCGCCCCAGGGGAGCAGGCCGCCGGAGGUGGCGCUGCGGCCGCAGGCGGCGUCAGCGCGGCCGCAGGCGGCAGCGCGGCGGCCGCAGACGGCGGCGCGGCGGCCGCAGACGGCGGCGCGGCCGCAGACGGCGGCGGCGCGGCCGCAGACGGCGGCGGCGCGGCCGCAGACGGCGGCGGCGCGGCCUCAAACGGCGGCGGCGCAGCUGCAGCCAGCGCCGCGUCACGGCCCUGCGUGGACGCCAGCCCGGCUGCGGCGUGCGAGGAGGCUGCGAUCGGCCAGAUCGGCACGCAGGCGGAAGAUGAGGUCCUCGAGCCACGCCAGACGCCAGCCGCCGCUGCUGCGGCGGCCACCUCGACGGAUGCCGAGGUGCAGUCCAAGGCCCGCGGGCGGUGCGUGCCCAUCGACCCAUCGCCCUUCAUACCGGUGCCGCCCGAGGUCCUGCAGGCGCAGCUGCGGCGGGCAGUGUCCAGGAGGCCGAGUGGGGCGGCUCCCAGCAGUCCACGCCGCCGGAGCAGCGCGAGGCCCUCUGGGACGACCUGUGCAGCCAGCUCAAAAUGGUGUUGA